CUUGGAUUCCUAUUUUAGCAGCUUCCGCCAUGCCAGCCGGCUCGACUUGUUUCUGGAUUUGAACUUGAAAUACGCUCUCGAGCAAUUCCUCUUCAAGUUGUGGUCUACCCUGAUCUGUCAACUUGAAUGGAAAUCUCCGAAAAUGUGAUAAAAGGCGCCUCAUCCGGUGGGCUUUCUGUACCCUCGCUUCUUCCCUUGAUAGCUUUCAGUCUCCGAGUCAUGGCUAGCCACUCUGCCACCCAAGAUGUGAAGCUGCGACUUGCUAUUAUCCGUGGAAAGGAAAUAGACUAUGUCAAGGCCAUCGCAAAGACCGUUGAGUUGGAGCUCGAGAGCAUGGCUCCUGUUCCAGAGGGAAAUACUGGAAAAAACGUAGCAGAAGAUUGGUUACAGGACGUAAAAAAGGCUUUGAAAGAGAUAACCCAUCUAGAGGACGAGAGCCGAGCCCCCGCCACCCGUGAGGAAUGGUACACGACAGUGAAAAAUCGCUUCCGAGGCCUGCUGAUUUCCACUCCUCUCAAAGGGAACCUUGGAAAGAUUUAUACAGACUUGAUGGCCAUACAGCAGAACGCAAAGAGAGAAUCUGAUAGCAGAAGAGCCCGGAACGCACAGUCACAGGCGCUCGCCAAUGCAAAUGCCUCCCCUGCUCCAGUUUUUUCUUCGUUGACUGAGCUUCCUGGUACCGGGAACUCUGGUAGCAAGUUUCUCACUAACCUGUCCAGCAAAAGCAGAUCAAUGUUAUCGUUUCCAAGAACCAGCAAUAGAUCUACCAGUCGUGGACUUCCUAUACAUUCACAAAACGAUUUAACUGUUUCCGUCCCCCAGCCCAAUAUCAGGCAAGGUCAACAUUCCGUGCCACCUUUGCCAGUACAGAAUGUGGGUACAGCUGGAUAUAACGCUAAUCCUCAAGAAAACACCAAGCCUUACGUCCCCCAGCCAAUCAUGCCAUGGGAUGAGCACAACCGGUUUAUUCCACAAGGUUUCCGCUUGGCUCCCGCGUCUCAUAGCAACCACUCAUCGUCGAGCGUGGGACAGGGACCUGUGAGCUCGAUCCUGGGACCUCCUGUCAGAAAUUCCAGUGAGACCACCAGACCGAACAACGUCAUCAACACCGGGAGCAAUAAUACUUCUGACUUCGUCCCUGGUCAUGCUCACCACCUCGUCGGUAUGCGCCUGCGGAAUCUACAUCCCACGUCCCUUGGCUCACAGUGUGGUUUCAGGAUCCCUCGACGAACUUCGAUGCAUGAUAACGCUUCUUCGUCUUCCUUAGGCUCCUCCGGUUCAUACUGGAGUUCUGAGAGCCAGUAUCAAGCGUACCUUCAACAAAGUGGCUACUUGCAGCCGAGUGGCCAGGCAGGCACUUCAGCCAAUCCCUUCGGUCAGGCACCCCAUGGGGGCCAAAGCGGAGCAGGUUCCUCCAACCAUAGUAGCUCGCAUUCUCAUGGGUACGUUGUGGCAUCAUUUCCUACUGCGAUGAAACUGAUUGAGUUAAAUACCAGCCACUAAACGCCCAAUAUAAUUCUGCAUUGAUUGCUUCUGAGUCGCUGUUUCCUGUCUUCCUUCGCCGUGCUUUCCAUAUACCACUCGCUAUCAAAUGUACGAAAUUGGACUGAAGAAUUUUACGAAAAGAUAUCUUUUCCGUAUGCCAGUACAGAUUCAGUUAUUCUAUUGGUCUGGUGAAUAUCAGGAC